GCCUACCUUGCUCCUUCCUUCGUUGCGCCACACGCACUGCCACACCGCACACGCACCGUUUUGUCCGCCCAGCUACCCCAAAAGCAACCACAGGCACACCGCUGUGGCUGUGGGCAAUGGAGUCGCGCGUGAAGCCCGGGUUUAACGGCGUGAGCGGCGCCUCAGACAGCCGCAGAGGCUACAUGGGAGCGGCGGCGGCGGUCCGCCGCAAGCCGCAGGUGGACGGCUGCAGCGUGGCGCUAAGGGUGUUCAUCCUGGCGGCGACGCUUGUUGCCGCCGUGCUGAUGGGCGUGGACAGGCAGACCAGCACCGUACAGGUCACCAUCGCCGACGCGCUGCCGCCGCUCAAGGUUCCCGUCACGGCCAAGUGGUCCUACUCCUCCGCCUUCGUGUACUUCGUGGUGGCAAACGCGAUGGCGUGCGCCUUCUCGGUGGUAUCUCUGGCGGCGUGCCGCAGCCGGAGCGCGGUAUUGCCGCUGAUGAUCGGCGACCUAGUGAUGCUGGCGUUGCUGUUCUCGGCGGUGGGCGCGUCAGCGCAGUUCGGCAUCCUCGGCGAGCGCGGCAACUCGCACGUGCAGUGGGGGAAGGUGUGCCACGUCUACAACAAGUUCUGCGAGCGCGCCAUGGCCGCCGUCAUCGUCUCCCUCAUCGCUGCCUUCACUAACCUCGUCCACCUCAUGCUGGCCAUCCUCGACAUCCACAAAAACUCCUCCUACUACUAGAGCUAUAUAGCUCAGCUAGCUGCUGACUCAUGGCCACGCAUCGGAGAUCGACCGAUGCAUCAUGGUAGUACUAGCUUGAUCGAUCUCCGAGUGAAUUAUUAAUGGUCUCCGUCUAGUAGUUGAUUUGGUGACUCUGGUCAUUAAGGUUCAUAAUGCAGUACAUGGUUUUCGCCCCCGGGGCUCCUUA